GACCGGAAAUGCCAGUUCAACUUCUUGUGGCGGCUUCGCGAGCGCUGUAACACCAACGUACCAGAUAUAUCUACAAAGGUAUAGACAGCCCCGAAGUUAUGAAGCGUUGCUCCAUCAGCUCGAGGUUGCGGGUGUGUCACAGCGUGGGUGCCAUCGCUCUGUGACCGGUACUGAGUCAUCUGGGUGGAACAUGUCUGUAGUAACAGUUCAGCUCGGUCAGUGUGGUAACCAGGUGGGUCAGGAGCUGUUUGACAUCAUUUGUAGCGAUGCUCAGGAAGGACAGAGGAAGACGUACAGCGCUGCCAGCUGCGAGCGGUUCUUUCACCAGACUGCACAGGGAGACCUCGUUGCCAGGGCGCUGUUGGUAGAUAUGGAGCCUAAAGUAAUCAACCGGAGUAUGAGCAUGGCUGCAAAGUCUGGCAGGUGGAGCUAUGGAGCGAGUUCUCACUUCAGCCAGAAGCAGGGCUCCGGAAACAACUGGGCUAAUGGGUAUUGUGUCCAUGGUCCUCGUCACAGAGACGCAAUGGAGGAGCUGGUGAGGCGGGAGGUGGAGCGCUGUGACAGACUGGCUGGGCUUAUAGCAAUGAUGAGUGUGGCAGGGGGGACGGGGUCAGGUGUCGGCACCUACGUUACUCAGUGUCUCCGUGACAUUUAUCCAUCAUCCUUUAUCUUCAACCACCUUACCUGGCCGUACGGGACUGGAGAGGUGAUCGUCCAGAACUAUAACUCUGUGCUGACGCUGGCUCAUCUCUACCAGUUGUCAGACGCCAUACUGGUGCACGAGAACGACACAGUGCACAGGAUCUGCAGUCGGCUUCUUAACAUCAAACACAUCUCUUUCAGUGACGUCAACAGGGUCAUCGCCCACCAGCUGGGCAGUAUCCUGCAGCCUGCGCUCACCGCUGACUCCCAUGGAGCAUACAGCAGAAAUCCUCUGGGUGAAUUGGUGAGUGCUCUUGCCUGUCAUCCAGAGUACAAACUACUGAGCUUGUGCACCAUCCCACAGAUGGCCAGUUCCUCCAUAGCCUACAGUACGUUUAGCUGGCCGGGGCUGCUCAAACACCUGCGACAGAUGCUCAUCUCCAACACAAAGAUGGAAGAAGGUAUAGACUGGCAGGUGCGUCCUCCUGCUGACUCUGGGCGGAGCAGGAGUCUCACAGGGAGCAGCUUUAACACCUCUCUGGCCAACCUUCUCAUCCUGAGAGGGAAAGAUGUCUACAGUGCAGAGACAGGUGGCAUUGAUGAUCCAGCCCUGUACACCUCCUGGCUCUCACCCAAAGAAGCUUUCAGCUUGUGGAAAUCCCCUGUAGCCUUUAAUAAGUAUGAGAAAUCUGCCACGCUGGUCAGUAACAGCCAGGCUCUGCUCAGACCUUUGGAUGACAUGGUGGGAAAAGCCUGGAAUAUGUUUGCCUCCAGGGCGUACAUCCAUCAGUACAUUAAAUUUGGCAUCUCAGAGGAGGACUUCCUAGACAGCUUCACGUCUCUUGAACAGGUGAUCUCCAGCUACAGUCAGCUGUGCUAGCACUGGGGACUACUGUGGCUUUCAUGUAGAUAAGAAAAUAACACCUUAUGUGUUUUGUAUACAUUUUUUUAUAUUGCUGCAUUGAUUUCACAUAAUUCUUUGAAUUCCUGGACUCUGACAUCUGCAAUGGCGAGAACUGAGACACUGGAUGUCUCUAUUCAAGAUAUAAUUCUGGAGCUACUUUAUACGCUUGCAUCUCAAGUAGUAUAGUGUCAAGUUAUAAGAUGGGUAAUAAAAGGCUACAUUAGUAAAAAA